AUCUUCGACAAAGAUGGGACGGAACCAGGAGAACCCGAUGAGAAAACAUUUCUCAUUUAAUGCAGCGUCCAACAAAUCUAUCUGCCAAGUCGGAGGCUGUGGGGCAGAAAUUAUUGGGAAUCACGGCGGCAACCUGCAGAGACAUAUUCAAAGACGACAUCCAGAUCUGUUCGAGAAGUCACUCCAAGACCAACAAAACCAAAACAAGAGGUCAGCAGCGGAUGGGCAAAAUACUUUGGACUCGGUCAUAGUGAAGAAGCCCAAACAGUUCCAAGUCGCAUUGACCCCUGAUACCCUCAAAGUGGCGUGCGUAGAGCUAGUCACUGUUAAUGGCAGACCCUUUUCAUUGAUGGAAGAUUCAGGAUUCAGAAAAAUAACCGACCCAAUACAGAAUGCUAUGGGAAAAAGUGUUACAAUCAAUUCAUCUAACAUGCGCGAUAGGGUGUCAGGGAUUGCUCAGGGUGAAAGGGAAAAGUUCGCAAAUGAACUAAGUGGGAGGCUUCUGAUGCUUAAAAUAGAUUCUGCAACAUGUAGGGACCGCUCUGUGCUGGGUAUUAACGUGCAGUACUCGGACGGAAAGGGGGUUGUGUUGCGAACCCUGGCAGUGAGAGAUUUGACAGAACGGCACACAUCCAAGUACAUCUCAACUGUGGUGAUGUAUGUCUUGCGUCAAUAUAACAUUAGCUUGCAACAGGUGUACUCAGUCACUUCCGAUAACGGGGCGAAUAUGCUCAAAGCCGUGACCUUACUGUCAGACAUCCAAGAGAGGGGCGAGAGCAACGAAGAUACAACCGGCAAGGAGACAGAGCAGACCGGGGAGGAUGUGGAAAAGGCCGGGGAGGAUGUGGGGAACCAGGAGGAGCUAACGCUUCAACUCAACUCUGUGUGGCCCGGUCAUGUGUUGCGUAGUGAAAGAUGUGCGGCGCAUACUUUACAGUUGGCCGUCGAUGAUGCAUUAAAAGAAGCGUCCAAUAUCAUAGCAAAGGCAAGACAUGUCGCAAAAUGA